AGCACAGUAGGUGGCGCACAACAUCCGCGUUUCGAGGUGACUAGUUAGUAGUUUGCCUCUUCUACUGAUCCGUAGUUGUAGUCCAGUCAGUUUCAAAACGCCACUGCAACACAGCGAGAAGAUGUCAGAGGGAAACAACAGCACAACAACGAGCUCUGCGAUAACUAUUGAGGACGUUCAAAACCUGGUCAAAAAGAAAGAUGAAAUAGAAGAACAAAUUAAAGCUUACUAUGACGUUCUGGAGGAUCAAAAGGGUGUUGGCAUGACUGGGCCAUUAGUGGACGCAGAGGGCUUCCCACGAGGAGAUAUUGACGUCUACCAAGUGCGCAAUGCCAGACAUAACGUCGCGUGUUUACAGAAUGACCACAAGGAAAUCAUGCAGCAGAUUGAAGAGGCGCUGUACCGGCUACACGCCUACGAGAGAGAGAAGCGUGAGAAGGACGAGACCCAGGCCAAAGCAGAGGCUCUGGAGCAGGACCUGCCUCUCCCCCAUCCCUUCGCUAAAGUGGAUGCUGUCACGCCGGGCUCCCCAGCCAGCAUAUCUGGAUUACAAGUUGGAGAUGAGAUUUUUGAAUUCGGCACUGUGAAUUCUCUAAACUUUCAGAACCUACAGAACAUUGCUUCAGUGGUGCAGCACAGCGAGGGGAAACCCCUGAGUAUAGCUGUGAUCCGCAGUGGAAAGAAGGUACACUUGGGGCUCACGCCACAGCGAUGGAGUGGAAGGGGUCUGCUUGGCUGCAACAUUCUCCCACUGCAGAGAUAAAUGCGAUCGAGGCAUCAAAACUGUAACAUCAGUAAAUGCUUUUCAAAACCUG